CCUUUUCCAUCAAGUUUGGGACGUGAUCACAUCCCCAUGAUAUUUCCAAGAUGCCACUCGCUAUUACCAGAUGCAGGGUCCCAGGGACAACAGAGGAGCCUCACCCCAUUUAUGCCCUUAUCCUUAUCAUGGUAAUAGCGGAUCGACUGCAGUUUCAAAUGAUUGAAAAUCUCUCGAAAAUUUUGGGAUACCCACAAAUCCCCUCAUAUCCUAAAAUCACACUUUGAAACCUCCCCUUGCCCGUCGCGCCAAGAGUUGCUGGAAUGCCUAGAUUGGCAUCACAGGGCACAGUGUCUGGUGUGGGGCCCUGCACCGCAACCUAACGCCUAUGCAACGACGGAAUCCUGCUCUUGGCUGACGCAGCUCGUUACCCUCGGAGUCCCUUCCCCCGCAAUUUCCUUUCUCCACGACAUAAAUAACCACCACAUCCCACCUCAGCCCCAUCGCGAUCAAGAUACGAAAAAAAGAAAACUGUCCAAAAUGUCCACCCCUGGAGAAGAAAAAGUCAAAAUCUCGCUGCUAACAGCGGCAAAAACCCUUGAGCGGACCAGCAUCCCCUUACCCCCGCCAUCCCCAACCGAGCUGCAAGUUGCGAUCCGUUCCACAACUCUCUGUGGAUCCGACCUGCACUAUUACAAUCACUAUCGCAACGGCGACAUAAUUGUCAAAGCUCCCUUGGUCCUCGGGCACGAGUCUUCCGGUGUUGUCACGGCGGUUGGAGAGGGUGUGAGGGAGAAAUGGAGUGUUGGUGAUCGAGUUGCGCUGGAGGUUGGCGUUCCGUGUGGUGAGUGUGGAGAGUGUAGUUCCGGCCGGUAUAACAUUUGCUCGGGGAUGAAGUUCAGGAGCAGUGCUAAGGCGGAUCCGCAUUACUGGGGAACUCUCCAGGAGAAAAUUAACCAUCCAGCGAGAUGGUGUCACAAACUCCCAGAUAAUGUCUCGUUCACGGCGGCGGCCCUUCUAGAACCUCUCUCCGUCGCAAUCCACGCAACCCGUCGCGCCCGCAAACUCGGCACCUUAGGUCCCAGCAGCUCAGUCCUAGUCCUAGGCGCGGGCGCAGUCGGCCUCCUAGUCUCAGCAAUGUGCAAACUUAGCGGUGCAUCAGAGAUCGUGAUAUCAGACAUAAAUACCGGUCGCACCUCUUUCGCUGUGGAGAAUGGAUUCGCAACGCACGUGCAUCGCCCCACCAUCAGGCAAAAACGUCCGGAAACAAUUGAGGAGAAAUUGGACAUUUCUAAGGACUCUGCUAACACCGCGAAAACUACGCUGGGUAGGGAGGAAGGGUUCGAUGUCACGUUCGAGUGCACCGGAAUGGAGAUUUGCACGCAGACCGGCAUCUACGCUACCAGAUCCGGGGGAAGUUUGGUGCUCCUCGGCAUGGGAAAUCCUAUUCAGACCUUGCCAAUUUCGGCUGCGGCGUUGAGGGAGGUGGAUAUUCUUGGCGGGUUUAGGUACGCUAAUACCUAUAAGGAGGGAGUUGAGAUUGUUUCUUCCGGGUUGAUCCCUGCGCUGGAGGAGGUUGUCACGCAUAAGAUGACCGGGGUGGAGGGUGUGCAGGAGGCGUUCGAGAUGGCCGGGAGACAGGUGGAUGAUGCGGGGGCAUUGGUUAUCAAGGUUGAGUGUGCUUUUGAGGGGGAUACUUAGGCGUGCGGGGGGCUACGAGGCCGGUCUAUCUAGGAUUGAGAUUAAAUAUAUGGUUUCUCACUUGUUGCUACCGGUACCGAGCGUCGCAGCCGGGUAUAAGUAGAUUCGGUCUUGUAUACUCUGUCCAUACUCCACUCCAUAACAAAAUAUGUGUAUACCGAACGAAGCUCUCCAGAUAUGGUGAGUGAAUUGUUAGAAAACAUCGUAGCCUACCCCGCGCUUACCACCCACCAACUUAACGACCAUGACGCCCGUAAACCAUUGGCCGUCAACAAAUUAUUGGCGAAAAGGAUCCCCACUCUGCGCCGAAAUUCUUUCUAAAGGGAGGACCCUGAUAAAAAUCACUGCAGGUUCCCGAAAAGCUACCCAGAGAACACGGGCAGUCCAGUACCACCAAAUAAGUCAUUGAGCACACUCCCCCCCCGCGAAAAAAUCUCAAACCCCCCUUUCCCGCUCUAUAAAAACGGAGUCUACCCACCGGGGAAACAACAAAUCCCAAGAACCUCCACCCCCC